GUAAGGCCUCCCUGUUUGACACAAUAUCCUUUCUUCACUGCUCAGUUCAGCUUCCGAACUCAUCGGUUUUGAUGCCCUUUAGUGCUUCUGCUGUUCUUGGUUUCCCCUCUUCCACACCGGCAAAGCGUUUUCCUUUGAGGACCUUUUCAUCCGCAGUAAGCCACAAAGCGUUGUUUGGGGGAGACGGGGCGAACAGGGAGCGUGGGGCACGGGGCCGUGCCAUUCCGCGGUCAGAAAUGCCCAACACUCAGGCCGGUGUGGGCAGGUGCGGGCAGAUGCCUUGUCACAGCGGAGAACCAGCCCCCCGUUUGCCACGGUUCAGGGUGUUUCUUCGCACAUCGUGAGGCAGCCUUCUCAGAACUUCCAGAUAAAAACUUGGGUUGACUGAUCCGGAGGAGCAGACUGGGAGUUUGCUACAAGGAGUCCGCCCUGCAAAAGAUAAUUCUGGGUUUUUUUGGUGGCAGGGGGUCCCCUCUGGCCAACACCCAUAUAUAUAUGCAGUGCUUGUGUAAUGGAAGUUUGUAUGUGUGUCCGUCUGUGUGCGGCAUAUGCAGGAGUCUGGCGUUCGGAAGAGAGGUCAGCUAGAGAUGCCAUUUUGAGAAUUGUCAGCAUGCAGAUGGAAUUAAUCUUUAAACUACAGAAUUAGAUGAAUGAAGGUCAGCAGAGCCUAUAUGUUUGGGGCCUCAAUGUUCUAAUAAAGUGAAGUAAACAGUGCAAGAGUAACCCAGUAAGAAAAUCCAGAUCGCGAUAAGAACUGUGAGGGCACCAAAACGCAAUCGAUUGCAUUGAGUAUUAAAUGGAAUAUGUCUUGGAUCUGGAAAGGAUGGCCAUAGAAGUGGAUGUUAAUUUUUCCUGAUAGGACCACGGUACACACAUAAAUUGUGGUGGAAGGAAAGAUGUUUCAUGGAACAGUCACACGAGAGCUAACGAGGCAUGCUGAAUGGAGUCACUAUAAUGAAAACAUAAUAGAAGAUCAGAAAGAUUUUGUUUUUAUAAAGUUCAAUGGCCUUCAUUUAAAAUCUAUGGAAAAUUUACAGUCUUGUAUCUCUCUUAGAGUAUGCAUCUUCUCCAACAAUUUUAUUACAGAUAUUCAUCCACUUCAAAGUUGUAUAAAAUUAAUCAAACUUGAUCUUCAUGGAAAUCAGAUAAAGAGUCUACCAGAUACCAAAUUUUGGAGUGGAUUGAAGAACCUAAAACUCCUCUAUCUUCAUGACAAUGGGUUUGUAAAAUUAAAGAAUGUAUGUGUAUUAUCUGCCUGUCCAAACCUCAUUGCUCUCACUAUGUUUGACUGUCCAGUAAGCCUUAAAAAAGGAUAUAGACAUGUUCUUGUUAACAGCAUAUGGCCUCUCAAAGCAUUGGAUCAUCAUGUGAUUUCCGAUGAAGAAAUAGUUCAGAACUGGCAUCUUCCCGAAAGAUUCAAAACAUGUAACCACCGGCUUUUCUUUAAUUUCUGCCCAGCUUUGAUAAAGGGAGCAACCUAUGAGGAUGAAAUUAAGAAUAUUAAACAUGUUAUUUCAAGAAUCAAUGAAAUUCUGGCUCAUAAUUCACCAGUUUUGAUUGUUCAAAGAUGGAUACGUGGUUUCUUAGUUAGAAAAAAAAUGAGCCCCUUGUUUUUAUGUAAAAAACAGCAGGUGAAAAUUAUUAGAGAAUAUGAAACAAAAUGGAUUUGCAUAACCAAAGGAUAUGAAGACGAGCUUCUUAAGGAUAUCUUUUUCAAGCCUGAAACAAAUGCAAAAGGAAAGCUGGCAUAUUGGAAGCAUAAUAUGUAUUCUCCUGUUGAGUCAAAAGAUUAUAGUGAACACAGAAGACACGUUUUCCCUAUUUUAUAUCAAUUAAAACCAGAAGAUAUUGGCAUGAUAUCAAAAAAAUCAAUGCAUCUCAUCCAAAAAGGUCAGAAGAAGUCUGAAGAUGAAACUGAGGACGAAGAAUUGGAUACUAGUUUUCGGAUAUCAGUGUCCAAACUACCCAUCCAUACUUCAGGCUCAUUGAAGUAUGCAGCAGUAGUGAAAGAGAAGAAAUAUGAUUCUUGUCCUGAAUAUGCCCAGACAUUUUCUGUGACUUAUCCAAAACUCAUCAUUAAAAAAGAUACACUGCUGGAGCAGCGUCUAAGAAAAGACUUUUUUACAACACACAGAGCUGGCAUGAAACUCCGAACCCUUAGUGAUAUCGAUAAAUAUUACGCAGAACAGAAGAAGCAGGAAUGCCUUAAAGAAAAAGCAACGACUGUAGCCAUGGCGCAAACUGCCCAAGGAAGAGUUUGCCUAGCUGUUCAGGAGAAUUUGAACAAGAAAAGAGAUGCUGCACAAAAGCUAAUUGAAAAAAACAAGGAGACAAUUCAGAAGGGUUUACAGCAACUUCAGCAGGACAGAUUCCACUACCUUGAAAAAGUUAGAGAGAGAAGAGCUCUGUUUCUAGAGGGAAAAACCCAAAAGACGGAAGAGCGUUUAUUAGUUCAGAACAUAAAUAACGAACGUAUUUUUUUGACUAGAGGAAUGUUUAAAGUCGAAAAACUGAAGAACAAUGAAGCUAUCCUAAGGGAGAAAAGAAUGGUUGUUCAGCAAAGACGAAGAACAGAAAAAUAUCGAAAGCAUUUACUCAAACAAAUGCAGGAAGUCGGGGUUCACGAUAUAUAUAAAAGACACUGUGAAGAAAAAUUUGUUACUGAUAUGAUCAUCUUUCAGAAAGCCUACGAAAGACUUCAAGAUGCUCAAGCAAAAGUUGCAAUUGUGAAAAAAAAUUUACUCUCUAAAAUUUCCAAUGAGAUGGCAAAGUGA